AUGUCAGCGCACAGCAGUGAAUCAGAGGACAGCAACAGCUGUGAACUUGCAGAGAGUGGAAGGUAUCUGCCAUGUUCCACCUCUGGUCUUGUCCCAGCUAAAUUAACUGUGGUGGUCGGGGACACUCACUUCUCUGAGGAGAAGAUGUUACUCGUUCAGAGUUGCGACUACUUUCGAGCUCUGUAUCGCUCUGGGAUGAGGGAGUGUCGGCAGGAAGAAAUCCACCUCAAGUCUCUGCGUGCUCGAGGUUUCCUUAUCGCCUUGGCGGUUUUACGAGGCAAGAUGCCCGUUCUGGAUGCCGACGAUAUCGUUGAGGCCAUUGAAUGUGCUGCUUUCCUGCAGGUGGCGCCGCUCACCAAGCACCUCAUUGACCUCAUUGACUCUGACAAUUGCUUGCUGAUGUAUCACACUGCUGCAACCUUCGGCCUCAUGGAUCUUUACCACACUGCUGCGCUGUUCAUCCGAGACACGUACAUCGACCUGGAGGCAGAGGUCAGGAAAACCUUACCGCCAGAGCUGAUCUCCUACGUGGAGUCUCUGACCCCGAGUGUUUUUGUGGCUGUCGGGGCCCAUGUGACCUGUGGUGUGGAUGAAACUGUACAUGCUGCCUCCAGGACGGUCUGCUACCUGGAUGAAACUGGCAAUGAUUGGAAAGUACUUACAGAUCUUCCUUUAGAGGCCAGCACCUCCAUGGCUGGAGUGACUGUUUUAGACAACAACCUCUACAUCGUCGGAGGAGUUCAUGGAGUCCACAAACAAGUCGUUGACUCUUGUUUCUGCUACAGCAUUGAAAACAACAGCUGGAGCAGGAUUGCCAGUCCGGCACAGCUGCGCUACAGUCUCGGUCUUGUGGGUGCAGACGGUCGUCUUUACGCUAUUGGAGGAGAAUAUGAGCGAACAGUGAUGUCAUCCGUGGAAACAUAUGAUGUAAAGACUGGAAGGUGGACGUUUGUGGCACACUUACCUCGGCCAGCAGCAGGAGUGGCAUGCACCAAAGCCAUGAGAAGAAUAUUUGUGUGUUUAUGGAGGCCGAUGGAGACAACAGAGAUCUAUGAGUAUGUCUCAGGGAAAGAUGAGUGGCAACUAGUUACCACGCUGAUCAGGCACCAGAGCUACGGCCACUGCAUGGUCGGCCACAGGGACAACUUAUACAUCAUGAGAAACGGGCCAUCUGAUGACUUUCUGAGAUGUCUGAUGGACUGUUACAAUCUCAGCUCAGGCCAGUGGUCGUCCCUGCCGGGACACUUCGCCAACAGCAAAGGUUCGCUGUUCACCGCUGUGGUGAGAGGCGACUCGGUGUUCACUCUCAACAGGAGCAUGACUCUGGAGUACACUGUCGAUGGUAAAACCUGGAAACCCAGACGGCAGAUGAAGGGUUUUCCCAGAAGUGGAUCUGUGUGGACGUUUCUGCUCCAGCUGCCAAAGGCUGUCAUGCUGCAGUAGUGACUCCAUUUGUUCUGAGAUUCAUUGGAUUAUCAACAUCUUUUUACUCUCAAACAUGUAUUUUGUACAUCGUUAUAGUUUAUUCCAGCUUUUUGUAGUUUUGUCCAUCAUGUCUAUCAACACUGAUGACAAUGUUCUUACCAAGUCUCUUGUCAUUGUAGAGUAAGGCAACCACACACUGCUUCCCAGAUGCUUUGGUGUUGUAAUUGUGAUCCUACAUCUUGUUACAGGAGUUUGAGAGCUUCGUUUGUCUGUGGCAUUUAGUGAUAUUGAUGUUUUUUGAUGCUGUUAAAUGUUGCAAAACAGCAUUUUUUUUUAUAAAACACUGAAUAUUUCUUGGGAUAAAGCUCUGAUUUAUAUGAUAGAAAUCAGUCACUUAUGAAAGGAAAAAAACAGAAUUUAAAAUAUUAUUUUUAUGACUAAAUGCUGUCCACCAUCACCAGGAUGUGUUUAACAAAUGUAAGCGCGAUUGUGUUUCAUCCGUGUGUCACUCAGUGCCAUGUGAACUCCAGUGUUCGUCCUCACACAGAGCUUCUGUUUCCUGCAGCAGCCUCUGUUUCCUGUUGGCACCGAGCAGCAAUGAUGAUGAUGAUGAUGAUGAUGGAGGUUAACGGCAGGCAGAGCCAGGCACCACGAGCAGCUGGGCGGGUCGCCAGCAGCAGGCAGCGAUGCAAAAUCUGACCCAGAAUAAAGAGAGAGAGACUGGGGUCAGGCCGGGACACGGCCCUGGGCCGACGCCAUAACCUCCAGCUCCAGUCUGGGAGCAAAGCCAGGAACCAGAGCUCUGACGUGGUGAUGGAUGAGCGUCUAUCUGUGGACAUUAAUCAGUUUAUCAGUGUUUGAUCACAUGAUGAGAGGGUCUCUUGUUUCAUUUCCUGCCGUGAACAGACUCAGCUCACUCUGAAAUGAUUUUUUUGAUUGAUUGAUUGUUUGUCAUUAAUCUCUUCUGCUUCAACUUAAAACCUAAAAACCCCAAAUAACAUGGCCACAGUUCCUCUUUGUAUUAAAUCCAUGUUUUCUGAAGCGGUGGAAUAACUGAGUACAUUUAUGAAUGAGUGAUUCCAUUUAAUGCUACUUCUACUAUCUCCACCACAUCUCAGAGUUAAGUGUUGUACUCUUUAUAAAUUAAGGAAUAUUAUUCUGGCCCAUCAAUGAGAACUACAUACUGAUGGUAAUAGUCAUCCACUUUAAUUCACGUGAAAUUUUGAAAGCUACUUGA